AUGUCUGUGAUUGAUGCUUUCAUGGCUGCGAAAAAUCAUGUGACGAAAUUACUAUUUCGUCUCUGCGUACCUGCUGUAUCCUAUGGGAUUUUCCCUCUCGCCAAGUACUAUAGCGCCGUAACCGCGUGCGUCUAUGAAAAAUGCGUAUUCUCAAAGGAUGAUGAGAAGGAGGAUGAAGAAUUCGAGGAUGAUUACGACAUUAGACCUCCUGAUCCGGUUUAUACCGAUGAAUACAUAGACGUACUAGCAGAUCUCGGAACCAGAGGCCAGAAGAAGAAAAAAGAAAAGGUCCGACCCAGCUACACCAUCGACUUGAAUGGAACAGACUACUCGAACUAUCAACGUCGAACAAAGGUGUUAGAAGCAUAUCUCUUCAAGUUUGCUACGAUCAUGGCUAGUUAG